ACUCAGUUGUCAUCGUCACUCUGGCGUUAAGCACACUCUCCGUUGUGGCUGUCAUUUUAAUCAGUUUACUAAGCACACAUCUCUACGGAAGUUCUAAAUUCUUCAGUUAUAUAGUUGAUACUCAUCUCGACUUGGAUAAAAUGUCAGUCAGCUUCGUGCCAGUGCCAGCCGGCAGCGAUUUUCCCUUGGAAAAUUUACCAUAUGCUGUCUUCUCUACUAAGUCGAAUCCCGUCCAUCGGCUGUGCGUCGCAAUUGGUGAGCAUGUGCUGGAUCUAAAAGCUGUGUCGCAUUUGUUUGCAUCCCCGCUGCAGGCUGCUCUGCAGGCAGACACGCUGAACUUGUUGAUGAGCUUGGGUCAUGAGGCGUGGGAGGAAGUGAGGACUCAAACCCAGAAACUGUUGACCAAGGGUUCCGAAGUGGAGCAGAAUGUGGACUUAAGGAGCGCAGCUCUGAUACCUCAGUCGGAGAUUUCGCUGCAUUUGCCAGCUCAGAUUGGUGACUACACGGACUUCUACUCCUCCAUUCAUCAUGCCACCAAUGUGGGCAUAAUGUUCCGUGGUGCAGAUAAUGCUCUGAUGCCCAAUUGGCGUCAUUUACCAGUGGGUUAUCAUGGACGCGCCAGCUCUGUUGUUGUGUCGGGCACACCCAUUCGCCGACCCUUGGGACAGACGUUGCCCGACGGCGCUGACAAACCCAUCUUUGGAGCAUGCAAGCUUUUGGAUUUUGAGCUGGAAAUGGCAUUUUUCAUAGGCGGACCUGGCAACCCACUGGGCGAACCCAUCAAGGUGGACGAUGCCUGGCAGAAUGUCUUUGGAUUUACGUUAAUGAACGAUUGGAGUGCUCGUGAUAUACAGAAGUGGGAGUACGUGCCACUGGGCCCCUUUACGGCCAAGAAUCUGGGCACCACCAUAUCUCCCUGGGUGGUGACGACGGCAGCGCUGAAGCCAUUUUUGAUCGAUAACUUUCCACAGGAACCGGAAGUGCUGCCAUACCUAAGACAGAGUAUUCCAUUUAACUUUGACAUCAAUCUGGAAGUUUCCUUAAAACCUGCCAAUGACAGCGAGUCGCUCAUUAGCAAGUCCAACUUCAAGCACUUGUAUUGGACACCGCUGCAGCAGAUCGCUCACCACACGGUCACCGGCUGUAAUUUGCGGCCAGGUGAUUUAAUGGCAUCUGGAACGAUAAGCGGCGAGACACCCGACUCGUACGGCUCGCUAUUGGAGCUGUGCUGGCGUGGCACUAAAACCGUGAAGCUUCAAGGCGGCAAAACACGAAAAUUCCUGCAGGACUACGAUGAGGUCAUCAUUCGUGGGCACUGCGAGAAAGAUGGCCUGCGCAUUGGUUUUGGCAGUUGCGCUGGUCAAGUGCUGCCGGCUCCCCCAGUGGAACAAUGAAUUUGCAUACAUACAUACAUAUGUAAAUA